AUAAUAUUUGAUAUAAUUACGACGUUAAUUUUGAACUAUUCUUCUUCGUAAAAUAAUUACGAACAAAUCUUCAGUCAAAAUAUAUCUAUUUUUGAAAAUUAAAGCAAUGGAAUGUACAUAUAGCGCAGUGCUGCCUGCAUCGUCCGAUGUGAAGAAUUAACUAAAACGUAGUACCCAGAAUUUUUAUUGAACUUUUACGUCCCGUAACAUGAUCAUACGCAAGGAAUGAUUAAUAUAGUUACAAAUUGUUACGAACAAUUACGAGUCGUUUAAAAAUAGUGAUUAUGAUUGUGAUUAUUAUUAAUGCAAAUGAAAUUUUAUUUUUCUAAUCUAAAAAAGAAAAUAUUUACGAUAAACGUGCAUAUAUUAUAACGUUUGUCCAUUGUCUGAUUAUAUUGAUGUUAAUCUGACAUUUGAGAGAGUAUCGUUCAGGUUAUAUGUUAACAUAAAAUUAUAAAACAUGUCAACUACACAAGAUUUGAACGAAGAAAUUGAUACUGUUUCGGCAAAAUUAACAUCGGCCACUGUAUUUACUACUCCUGUAAAUACUCCAGAACAAUCGAAAACGCCGACAUCAAAUAACAGUAAUACAUCGAGUCGAAAUUUAGACAGUAAAAAGACUAAUACUGUACAAGAAAAUAUUAGAAAUUUGCCUGAAUUAAAUAUACCUGAAAAGAUCUUAUUUGUUGUUGAUACGGUAAAAGAGGAAAAGUCUACGUCAUUCAAAGUUGGCACCGGUGAAUCUUAUUCACCAUUGUAUAUGAUAAAACGUGUGGUAGAAACUUUUAUCAAUGCCAAAUCUACAAUACAGCGAAAACACGAAUAUGGUCUUAUGAUAUUGGAAUCAUCUACUAUACGUUGGGUUUGUGAUUUUACAAACAAUAUCAAAACCAUUUUGAAUAAUCUUGAUACAAUAGAGGAAAGCAGUGAUGAUGAAAAAACAUUUGAUAUAGGACAAGUCUUUGAAGAAAUACAAUCUCAAAUGCCAAUAAAAAAUUGUGGCAUGUCUUUCCCAAUGUUUACAACUCGUGUAAUUUUGAUAUACUCAAGAUCUAAUUGUAUACCAAGAUUUAAUACUGGACAAAAAUGUCUUGAAAAUUUAACCGAAAAUCCAUAUUUCUUUUUGGACGUCUUAUUUGUACACGAACCACCAACUACUGAGAAUUUAUGUGAAGAAGUAUACGCUGAAAUAACUACUUUGGACACAACAAGUUUUUCUUAUAUCUUAGAAGUAGGAAGGAAUGCCGCAAAAUUGCACGAUAAUAUGGCAAAAUUAUUAGCACAUCCAUUACAACGGCCACCACAAAAAGAUAUGUGUUAUACUAUCAAUGAAUCUAUUCUUACGGACUUACAUACUAAUUCUAAUGUCUAGCAAAUAUGUGAAUAUAGAUAUAUUUUCUCUGUUUAACUUAUAAAAAAAAAAAAAAAAAAAAAAAAAAAAAAAUUGAAAGAGCAAGAGAACUAUUUUUAUGAACAAUUAAGUUUAAUUUCACUUUCCUUUGAUUGAUUCAUUCACCUUUACUUUGAUGUUUGAGCAAACAGCUACAUUGCAUUUAUUGUCUUUUUGUGCCAUGUGGCAAAUUUUGAAAUGUUUACUGAUAAGAAUUUGUGUGUACGAUAAUAAAA